AUGUCGAAUCCAACAGAAGGACAAGAGGACAAGACGAGUGUACUAGAGGCCAUCAAGGUGAUAGACCUGGUGGAAAUAAUUCCGAAAUUUGAAGGUGAAGGAGGAAACAAGAUAGUAGGAGCGGCGGAUAGGGUCUUGGAUUUGGACGAAGCAGAGUUGAAUUGGGAUCAGAUCAAGGGAAUAUUGAUCUCCCAUUUUAAGGACAAGAGAUCAGAGCAGGAUUUAAUAAUGGAACUGACCAACAUUAGAGAAAGGAAGUUGGAAGUGGAGGCCUUGUAUACUAAGGUCAUGACAUUGAAAAGGGCGCUGGUGAGCCUUGUUAAGUCUAGCGGGAAUAAUGUACUGUUGAGAGGAGAAAAAGUUAGGUGGUAUGAAGAAAUGGCACUAAAUGCUUUUGUGUCAGCAUUAAAGGGCCCAAUAGGGGUGACCAAUAGAAAUAUGGAGGGGCUGAAUAUAGCAAAAGCGUACGAAAUAGCUUGCAGGGAAAGGAACCUGUUAGCCUUGGCGGAAUCAGAUCGGAAAGCACAGGACUCAACGGAGUCAAAAGAUAAGGCUACUGAGGAAGUUCAGAAACAAGAGGAGAAAGAGGAGUCCCAACCAAGUGGAACCCAUAGGGAAACAGGCGGUUGGCCGCAGUACCGGAAUUCGAGAUGGAAUCAAGGACAGGCAAACAGGGACCGACCAUGGAACAAUUAUGGCUAUAAUAACAACAAUGGCAGAGAUGGAGGACAGUUAGCAAUAGAAGCACCGACGAACACAGAGGGCAGCGGACAGUCAAGAAUGUCCAAGAACGUUAAUAACUCGAAUAACUCAGGACAAUCCAGGCAGUCUUACAAUUCGUACAGAUCCAACAACUCGAACAAUUCCAACAAUUCAGGUCGAUCUUUUAAUGUAAAUAACACCUCAGAUAGGAUGAGUAAUCAGGCAUCGAUUAGGGGACAAUUGCAUAAUAUCCAAGAGGACGAUGCAAAUUUUCCCCAAUCAGCCUCGAACAACCCUCAGGAUAUUUAG